AUGCAAUACACGUACUCCGCAUUGCCCGGCAGCGGAGGCGGCAUUGAUAAACACAAUCGAUGUCUCGGCAACAGAGCCUGGUGUGUAAAGGAUAUAUGUGGUAUUGUGUGCGUUAUUAUGACCUGGCUACUGAUACUCUUUGCUGAGUUUGUUGUCUGCGGGCUGAUUCUGCUGCCCAGCUAUGCCAACUAUACGGUCUUUAGCACAACAAAUAUGAUUAUAUUCCAAGCGCUCGCAUUCCUAGCAUUCGUUUCCCAUCUGCGCACCAUGCUAUCCGAUCCGGGCGCUGUGCCGCGUGGCAAUGCCACCAAGGAGAUGAUUGAACAGAUGGGCUAUCGCGAGGGUCAAAUGUUCUACAAGUGUCCCAAGUGUUGCAGCAUAAAGCCAGAACGUGCUCACCACUGUUCUGUUUGCCAGCGCUGCAUACGCAAAAUGGAUCAUCAUUGUCCCUGGGUCAACAAUUGCGUGGGUGAAAACAAUCAAAAGUACUUUGUACUCUUUACCUUAUAUAUAGCGUCCAUGUCGAUGCACACGCUCUUUCUGGUUAUGACGCAGUUUGCGGAGUGCGUGAAAAAUGAUUGGCGCACUUGCUCACCAUACUCACCGCCGGCUACCAUAUUUCUCCUGCUCUUUCUCACCUUCGAGGGCCUUAUGUUUGGAAUCUUUACCAUCAUUAUGUUGGCCACGCAGUUGAAUGCGAUAUUCAAUGAUCAAACGGGUAUUGAACAGUUGAAGAAGGAGGAAGCGCGUUGGACCAAAAAGUCUAGACUUAAGAGCAUACAGUCAGUGUUUGGACGCUUUUCGCUGGCUUGGUUUUCGCCUUUCACGGAACCCUCCUGUCGCCAUAAAUUCAGCUCGCAUUUCUACUCAGUCUAAGCCAGACAUAGCCCAAGCGAACAAUUUUGAAACGUACAAGUGCCCAGUAACUAGGGGCCCAGCAAUAGGAAGAUAACUACUUAUAAACAAUUGUUAAUCUAUUCGCAGGUGUCUGUGUAUGUGUGUGUGAAAAACUGUAGGACGA